AUGUUUAGACUUCGCUGUGAGAUGUUAAUAUUGCCUCUCGUAUUGUUUGUUGUGCUUAUUUCUUAUGGACAUACCACAUUAGAUGACGAAAUCUUAUAUGAUAUCACAUGGCAACCAGAAUUACCUGAACUACCGCUAGAAAAUGAACUUACUGUUGUAUCAAAACGUAAAGAAAAAUACACUUGUUCAUUACCAAAUGUUCGAACAAUACAACCGGCUUCUAGUGAUAAUGUUGCACUCAGUGAUGUCGAAAGUUUAUUAGAAGCCUUACAUUCCAAAAAAUUAUGUUCAUACAGAAUGGACACUUACUGGUCGUACGAAUUAUGUCACGGAAUGCAUAUUAGACAAUAUCAUGAAAUUAAAGUUGCUGGAAAGAAAUCAACACCUCAAGAAUAUUUUCUUGGCUAUUAUCAAUUUCAAAAACAAGAUACAAUUAGCGAUGCGGAUGGUAAACAAAUCAUUAAAAUUUACCAUAAAGUUAUUGAUGGUAGAAAUACUCCAACAUUACCGGUACGUUACACAGACGGUACACCAUGUGAUAUUAAUUCCAAUCAACCUCGUGAAACACUUGUGCUCUAUGUGUGCGAUGACAAGGGAAAUAAUGGUAUUUUAGGCUUUGAAGAAGUGUCAUCGUGUUAUUACGAAUUGAUUGUUGCAUCGCGUUGGCUGUGUACAUUACCAGCAUUUACUGCAUUAGAAACGAUUCGACAAAGCAUUAGUUGUUAUCCAAAAGAAAACGCACGUCAGAAACCAAGAAAUUUAAGAAAGCUUGAAUAUGAAAAGCAACAAUCGUGGAAAAAAGGUGGUCGAACACAGUUCACCAUAACUAAUAUGCACGGAACAACGUUUAUUGUUUCCUAUGAAUUGGAGGAAGACGCUGACGUUGAUGCUAUUGCUGAAGCUGUUAUCAAGUCAGCAUCAAAAUCAAUACCACAAUUAGUACAACAAGAACAAGCACAAGCAGCUAAUACUCCAUUAAAUCAAGAUGGCGAACAUGUCGAAGACACACACGUCAUCGGCACACUUGGCAAUGAUGUUGAUAAAGAAUUCAUUGAAGGUUUUCUAUCUGGACGAGAAUGUCUACCCGGCGGGACGGGCUGGUGGAAAUAUGAAAUUUGUUAUGGUAAACAUCUGAUACAAUUUCACGAAGACGGCAUGCAUCGUACAUCAGUCUUAUUGGGAAAAUGGAAUCAAGAAAAACAUAUUAAUUGGAUAAAUGCUAAUCCAAAAAAGCGUCCACUGGCAAAUGUAAAUAAGCGAACAUUUAUAUCACUUUAUUAUACAGAUGGGGAUGUAUGUGAUUUAACUAAAAAACCACGUGUUGCUGAAGUGAAACUACGGUGCAUAAAAAAGACAGAAAAAUCUCAUGCAACAUCAGUCUAUCUCGUGGAACCAGAGCCAUGUUCGUAUGUAAUGGGAAUUGAAUCUCAUUUGUUUUGUAAUAUUGUUCAGUACACCGAUGAAUAUGGCAUACCUGAUAAAGAGAAAAUCAACGCUAUUCUUAAUAAUGGCAGUUAG